UGCGUUCGGGUGAGCGGGCAGUUCGGAAGUUUGCCGCGGCGGUGAGGUGGAGUUUUCUUGAAAUGAGCAGCAAUGGAUGAGAAGAUUUUAUCCCUAGCAGCAGAAAAAACACCAGACAAACUGCAGGAGUUUCUCCAAAACCUGAAAAAAGAUGAUCUCCUUAAUCUUCUUCAGAAUCAAACAGUGAAAGGAAAAGCUGCAGGAGCACUUCUAAGAGCCAUCUUUAAAGGUUCUCCCUGCUCUGAGGAAGCUGGAACUCGUAGGAGACAUAAGAUAUAUACAUUUUGUAUCCAGUUGGUGGAGUCAGGGGAUUUGCAGAAGGAAGUGGCAUCUGAGAUCAUAGGACUGCUGAUGCUGGAGGCUCACAGUUUUCCAGGACCCAUAUUGGUUGGAUUAACCAAUGAGUUUAUUGAUGCCAUCAGAGAGGGCAGUCUCAUCAAUGGAAGAUCUUUGGAAUUAUUGCCCAUUAUUCUCACUGCCCUUGGUACCAAAAAAGAAAAUCUGACUUAUGGAAAAGAUGAAGUGAGCGGGGAAGAAUGUAAGAAGAAGUUGAUUAACGCUCUCUGUUCUAGCAGAUGGGAUCAGAAAUAUGUGAUCCAACUCACAUCCAUGUUCAAGGAUGUCCCUCUGACUACCGAAGAGUUGGAAUUUGUGAUGGAAAAAGUGCUGAAGAUCUUCUCCAAAUUGAAUCUUCAAGAAAUACCGCCUUUGGUCUACCAGCUUCUGAUUCUCUCCUCGAAGGGAAGCAAAAAGAGGGCUUUGGAAGGAAUCAUCGCUUUCUUCAAUGAGCUAGAUGAGCAGCACAAUGAAGAACACAGUGGAGAUGAGCUCCUGGAUCUUGUGACUGUGCCAUCAGGUGAACUCCGUCAUGUGGAAGGCACCAUUAUUCUACACAUUGUGUUUGCCAUCAAAUUGGAUCGGGACCUAGGCAGAGAACUCCUGAAACACGUAAAGACAGGACAGCAGGGCGAUCCCAGUAAGAAACUGUGCCCCUUCACCAUUGCCCUCCUGCUCUCUGUAUCAAGGAUACAAAGAUUUGAGGAACAGGUGCUUGACCUUUUAAAGACUUGCGUUGUGAAGAGCUUUAAGGAUAUUCAACUUCUCCAAGGUUCAAAAUUUCUUCAGAAUCUAGUUUGUCAAAACUCUUGUGUUUCGGCCAUGAUCCUAGAAGUGGUAAAAAACAGUGUUCAUAGUUGGGACCAUGUUACUCAGGGACUGGUCGAAUUUGGUUUUAUUUUAAUGGAUUCAUACGGACCAAAGAAGAUCCUUGAAGGAAAAGCUAUUGAAACCUGCUCAGGUCUUUUUAGAGCACCAGUCCAUCAAGCAUGUAAGCUGGGAGCUAAUAUCUUAUUGGAAACCUUUAAGAUCCAUGAGAUGAUCAGACAAGAAAUUCUGGAGCAAGUCCUCAACAGGGUUGUGACCAAGACGUCCUCUCCCAUCAGUCAUUUCUUAGACUUGCUUACAAGUAUCGUCACGUAUGCACCCUUAGUUCUUCAGAGUUGUUCUUCUAAAAUCACAGAAACCUUUGACUAUUUGUCCUUUUUGCCCCUUCAAACUGUGCAGGGUCUGCUUAAAGCGGUGCAGCCCCUUCUCAAAGUCAGCAUGUCAAUGAGAGACUCCCUGAUCCUGGUUCUUCGGAAAGCUAUGUUUGCCAGCCAGCUCGCUGCCCGAAAAUCUGCCGUGGCCGGGUUUUUGCUGCUCCUGAAGAACUUUAAAGUCCUGGGCAGCCUGUCGUCCUCUCAGUGCAGUCAGUCUAUUGGUGUCAGUCAGGUCCACGUAGAUGUUCAUAACCGUUACAAUUCUGUUGCCAAUGAAACGUUUUGCCUUGAGAUCCUGGAUAGUUUGAGGAGGUGCUUAGGCCAGCAGGCUGAUGUUCGAAUCAUGCUUUAUGAGGGGUUCUACGAUGUUCUUCGCAGGAACUCGCAGCUGGCUCACUCAGUCAUGCAGACCCUGCUCUCCCAGUUAAAACAGUUCUAUGAGCCCAAACCUGAUCUGCUGCCUCCUCUGAAACUGGAAGCUUGUAUUGUGACCCAAGGGGACCAGAGCUUUCUACAGGAACCACUGGCUCAGCUGCUGUGUUGCAUUCAUCACUGUCUGGCCUGGUACAAGAGUAAAAUGAUGCCCCUGCAGCAGCAGCAGCAGGAGGAGGAGGAGGAGGAGGAGGGAUUCUACCAAGCCUUGGAUGAUAUGCUGGAGUCCAUCACGAAUAGAAUGGUUAAGAGUGAGCUGGAAGACUUCGAACUGGAUAAAUCAUCAGAUUUUUCUCAGACUUCUGAUACUGGCAUCAGAAACCACUUCAGUGCUCUUCUUGUAAUGGGCAUUUGUGAGGUUUUGAUAGAAUACAAUUUUUCCAUAAGUAAUUUCAGUAAGAAUAAAUUUGAGGAUAUGCUAAGUUUGUUCCUGUGUUACAAGAAAGUCUCUGACAUCUUUAAAGAGAAAGCUAGUAAAGGCAAAACCAAACUAGCCAUCAAAACAAAUGAUAGUCUUUUGUCCAUGAAGUUUGUGUCAGAUCUCCUCUCUGCACUGUUCAGGGAUAGUACCCAAAGCCAUGAAGAAAGCCUGUCUGUUCUGAGGUCCAGCAAUGAUUUUAUGCGGUACACAGUCAGCGUGGCCCUGCAGAAGGUGCAGCAGCUAAAGGAAACAGGGCAUGUGAGUGGCCCCGAUGGCCAGAACCCAGACAAGGUCUUCCAGAACCUCUGUGACAUAACACGGGUCUUGCUGUGGAGAUACACUUCAAUCCCGACCUCGGUGGAAGAGUCGGGGAAAAAAGAGAAGGGAAAGAACAUCUCCCUGCUGUGCCUGGAGGGCUUGCAGAAGAUCCUGGAUGCCGUGCAGCAGUUCUACCACCCCCGGAUCGGGCACUUUCUCAGGGCUCUGGAUGUCACAGAGAAUAGUGGAGAAGAGGCAGAAGUUAGUGUCACUCAGAGAGCAACCUUCCAGAUCCGGCAGUUCCAGAGGGCUCUGUUGAAUUUACUUACCUGCCCAGAAGAAGACUUCAAUAGCAAAGAGGCCCUCCUCCUGAUCAGUGUUCUCUUCAACCUGUCCAAGCUCCUGGAGCCCUCCUCCCCACAGUUUUCACAGAUGUUAUCCUGGACGUCUAAGAUUUGCAAAGAAAACAGCCUGGAGGAUGCCUCCGUGUGUAAAGGCCUGCUACAUUUGCACUUCAGCCUCCAUGUUUUGUACAAGAGCCCUGUCUCCCUGCUGCGUGACUUGUCCCAGGAUAUCCACGGGCAGCUGGGAGACAUAGACCAGGACGUAGAGGUGGAGAAAACAAACCACUUUGCACUGGUGACUCUGAAGACAGCUGCUCCCACUGUCUGUUUGCUGGUUCUGAGUCAGGCUGAGAAGGUCCUGGAAGAAGUAGACUGGCUGAUCACCAAGCUUAAGGGACAAGUGAGCCAAGAAAUCCUUUCAGAAGAAGCCUCUUCACAGGCAGUCCCAGGAAAUCACCCCCUCGAGAAAGCCAUCAUCAUUCAACUGGGCACUCUGCUGACGUUCUUCCACGAGCUGGUGCAGACGGCCCUGCCAGCAGGCAGCUGUGUGGACGCCUUGCUAAAGGACUUGUGCAAAAUGUACACCAUUCUUACAGCACUGGUCAAAUAUCAUCUCCAGGUGUGUGGGAGCUCCAGGGGAAUUCCCAAAAACAUGGAAAAGCUGGUGAAGCUGUCUGGGUCCCAUCUGACCCCACUGUGCUACUCGUUUAUUUCCUACGUGCAGAAUAAGAAGAGUAAGAGCCUGAAGCCUGCAGGAGAGAAGAAAAAGGAGAAGGCUGCUGCUGUUGCCACAGCCAUGGCCAAAGUCCUCCGAGAGAUGAAGCCGAUUCCCAACCUCAUCUUUGCCAUUGAACAGUAUGAAAAAUUUCUCAUUCACCUGUCUAAGAAAUCCAAGGUCAACCUGAUGCAGCACAUGAAGCUCAGCACUUCCCGGGACUUCAAGAUCAAAGGGCACAUCCUGGACACGGUGCUUCAGGACCAGGAGGAGGAGGAGGGAAUCGAAGAGGGCUCCGAAUCAGAGCACGGGGGGCAGAAGGAAGAACCAGCCCGGAAGAAAAGGAAGAAAGAAACAAAGUGCCUGAGUUAAAGAGUCUUCUGGGGUGUCUGUGCUCUUCCUGCCCAAUAGGCAACAGUGCCCCUUGUCCUGCAACCUGCACCAGUUCUGGCUUUUGGUUCCGAACCCAUUGAGCUCCACUGCACCGUCAGUCGAUCCUCCUUGGCAGGUCCUGCUACUAAAACGCUGGCCUGAGGCAAGCCGCCUCUGUCCCACAAGCACAGCUGAAAAGCCUGAGUUCCACGGGAGCAACGCCGAGCCUCCGGCAGCCAUGUGCAGGCUGCCUUCACCUGCCCAGGGAGCCUUUGGUGCGUUCAAUUAUCUGGUAGAUGUCCAGUGCUUCACCUGAAAUGACAGUGCACUGGUUAGGACGGGGCUGAGAGCAAGUGCCAGCAGCAUCACGCCGGCGCUCAGGAGGACACUUUCCUUACUCGCUUGGCACUAAAAACUGUUCCUUUCUACCUAAGAAUGCACUUUGAUUUUGCACAAUAAAUUCUCUCCAAACAA